AUGAAAUAUGUUUUGUUCUGUCCGUGUCUGUCGAGCUCUGCAAAAGUAGGAGAACAGCGGCCCACCGUUCUGCGCAGUACAAUGGAUAAGACCUUUGUUCCUGACGUCAAGGCCAGAGAGAAGAAUGUGUCCCCGCUGCCUCAGAGCACUCUCAGCAGGGGCCAGUGGUCUAGUAAAUUUGAGUUUCUCCUCGCUGUAGCAGGACAAAUCAUUGGCCUUGGGAAUGUAUGGAGAUUUCCCUAUCUGUGCUACAAGAACGGAGGAGGAGUCUUCUUCAUCCCUUAUGUGGUGUUCCUGUUCACCUGUGGCAUUCCUCUGUUCCUUUUGGAAACCUCCAUGGGGCAAUAUACCAAACAGGGCAGCAUCACCUGUUGGAGAAAGCUUUGUCCCAUAUUUCAAGGCCUCGGCUAUGGGAGCCAGGUGGUUGUUUUGUACUCAAGCAUCUAUUACAUUAUUAUUUUGGCCUGGGCAUUCCUGUAUCUCUUCUCAUCUUUCAGCUCUGAAAUCCCCUGGUCAAGCUGCAGAAACAGCUGGAACACAAAAACAUGUGUGGAAUUUGAUCGAUUGGGCGAUCUGAAUUUGACCAUAGUGGCAAAUGCGACAUCACCUGUGCGUGAAUUCUGGGAGCGACGAGUGUUGAACCUGUCGGGGAGUAUCCACGAGCUGGGGGGGAUUCGGUGGGAGCUGGCGCUGUGUCUUCUGCUUUCGUGGGUCAUUUGCUACUUUUGUGUUUGGCAGGGAGUGAAGUCCACGGGGAAGGUGGUCUACAUCACUGCCACAUUCCCGUAUGUGAUGUUAGCAGUGCUUUUAGUGCGAGGGCUGACUCUGCCUGGAGCCUUAAAUGGAAUCAAGUUUUAUCUGUACCCGGACCCUUCUCGCCUGAGUGACCCGCAGGUGUGGAUGGAUGCUGGGACUCAAAUAUUCUACUCGUAUGCUAUUUGCAUUGGGUGUUUGAUGGCUCUCGGCAGCUAUAAUAAGUACAAUAACAACUGUUAUAAAGAUUGUGUAUACUUAUGUCUUCUAAACAGCGGGACGAGUUUUGUCGCCGGGUUCGCCAUUUUCUCAGCCCUUGGCUUCAUGGCAUAUGAGCAAAACACAGACAUAUCAAAAGUGGCUGAAUCCGGUCCUGGGUUGGCGUUUAUUGCGUAUCCUCGAGCAGUCGCCAUGAUGCCUUUCCCACAGAUCUGGGCCAUUUUCUUCUUCAUUAUGAUCAUCUUGUUGGGACUCGACAGUGAAUUUGUGGGACUAGAAGCUUUGGCUACGGCUAUUUCCGACCUGUACCCGGGGUACUUCCAAGUGGGACAUCGUCGGAAGUUCCUUCUUCUCGCCAUCUGCAUCGUCAGCUUCUUAAUUGGACUUGUGAUGGUCACGGAGGGAGGACUCUACGUGUUCCAGGUGUUUGACUACUAUGCCUGCAGUGGUGUGACGCUCCUACUGUUCGCCUUCCUCCAGGCUAUGUGCAUUGGAUGGGUAUAUGGGGCAGAACGUUUUUAUGAUAACAUCGAGGACAUGAUUGGGUACAGACCUCUGCCAAUCAUAAAGUAUUGUCUGAAGUACGUCACUCCUGUCAUCUGUUUGGGGACAUUUGUGUUCUCUCUGGUGAAAUACACUCCUCUGAAGUUCAACAACACCAUAGAGUACCCAUGGUGGGGCUAUGCGCUGGGCUGGUGGUUCACACUGUCCUCCACUCUCAUGGUGCCCAUCUUCAUGGUCUACAUGUUGAGCAUCACUCCAGGAACACUGCGCCAGAGGCUCUCGACUCUAUGUGCUCACUCACCUGACCUGCCUCUGACCAAGGCGGACCGGGAGUCCUUGGAACAGCACGAGCUGAGUUUGUGCAUCGACACAAAACAGUCUCAGUGA